AUGGAGAACCUGGACGAGGUGCAAUGGCGGUCGCCGGAGUGGAUCCAAGCGCACCAGGGUCUGCGAACCGAUAAUGUGCUCGACUACUUUGCCGAGUCGCCCUUUUACGACCGAGUCAGUAACAACCAGGUGUUGCGGAUGCAGACCCAGUUCAACCAGCAGCAGACGGGCCAGCUCACACCCCAGCAUUUCGAGCAGGAGUUACAGAAAAUGACCGGAAUCGAGUUUGUCAUCACACACGUGCGAGAGCCCGAUCUUUGGGUUAUCAAGAAACAGAACCGACUCAACCCACAACAGACAACACCCAUCUCCACCUACUUUGUCAUCAAUGAAAACGUGUAUAUGGCACCCACGGUGGCAGCAAUCAUGCAGAGCCGAGUACUUUCUACAUCCAUGUUUCUGAAACGUGCGCUGGAAGAGGCUAUCGAGCUGCCUUCAUACUCACCAUCGCAAGGAUACACAUACGAGGACUCUCAGCUGACCACCGCUGGAGAUGACGACUCCACACCCCAAGCAUCGAAGGCCGAGCUGGGGCUGUUGGAACGGUCAUUCCGAGCAGCUAUUUCCGGCCAGCAAAAGUAUGUCAGUGACAUUGCUCCCAUCAGCAGCCAGAGUGAAUCGGCUGCUAGCAGUGUUCCUGGCACUCCUGUGCUCAAGGGAAGGAAGUUGCCUCUCAAGAAGUAA